CCUGCGGAGCUAGGAGGAGCUGUUUCAGGGUGUUGUGAAGUCGUUUAGCCAAGACAUCUUGAGUGGGAGUUGUCAGGAUCGAUUUGUUGUGCGUUUUGCCCGUCGAUUCGCACCGAUUACGACCGCGCCAGCCGUAGCCAUGCCCGGGAUAGAGAAGCUACCGAUAGAGGAGACGCUGGAGGACAGUCCGCAGACGCGCUCCUUGCUGGGAGUGUUUGAGGAAGACACUGCAGCGAUGUCCAGCUACUGUUCACAGCUCUAUCAGGCCAUGCAGAGGAUCUAUGAUGCACAGAAUGAGCUCAGUGCUGCGACCCACCUGACCUCCAGACUGCUGAAAGAGUACGACAAACAGCGUUUUCCACUAGGGGGCGACGAUGAGGUGAUGAGCUCCACGCUGCAGCAGUUUGCUAAAGUGAUCGAUGAGUUGAGUUCCUGCCAUGCGGUCUUGUCCACCCAGCUUGCAGAUGCCAUGAUGUUUCCCAUCACUCAGUUUAAAGAGAGAGAUCUGAAGGAGAUCCUCACUCUCAAAGAAGUCUUCCAAAUAUCCAGUGAUGAUCAUGACGUAGCCAUCAACAGAUACAGCCGCCUGUCCAAGAAGAGGGACAACGACAAGGUAAGAAACCCUCCCGUUAGGUUUAUCACUCAGUACUUCCAUACUAAGGCUGCGUCUCAUUUCUCUGUCUUACCCCUUCCCCUUGACCCUUCCCCUUACAAGGUGUGUGUGUGUGUGUGUGUGUGUAGUGUGCGUCGGGAGAUGGAGGCAGAGGUUGGGCAGAUGCAGGAGACCAUCCAGGAAAUGGAGAGAUCAUGUGACGGGCUGUACGCACCAUGUGACCCUGACCCCGCCCACUCACCUGUCUGUCGCAACCUGACCAGGAAACAGGGCUACCUGCACAUCCGCAAUAAGACGGGGCUGGUGUCGUCGUCCUGGGAGCGCCAGUACUUCUUCACGCAGGGCGGUAACCUGAUGCAGCAGGGCCGGGCCGAGGUGGCGGGGGGGCUGGUCACUGACCUCGACAACUGCUCCGUCAUGGCGCUCGACUGCGACGAUCGCCGCUUCUGCUUCCAGGUCACUUCCUUCGAUGGCAAGAAAGUGGUGACGCUGCAGUCGGAGAGCAGGAAGGACUGCGAAGAGUGGAUCUCCACCAUCAACAACAUCUCCAAAAGGAUCUACCUGAGUGAGAACGCAGAGGAGCUUGCAGCCAGAGUGAACCAAUCGGCUCUUGAAGCCGUGACGCCAUCUCCGUCCUUCCAGCAGAGACACGAGAGCAUGAGACCCAGCAGUAAAGGGCGCGUGGGCCGAGCGAGCAGCAUCAGCUCUGUGGGCUCUGAGCCGUCCCCUGCCCUUUCCGUGCUCUCAUUGGAUGCCCUCGUUGCCCCGGAAACACCCAUCCAGUUUGACAUAAUUUCCCCGGUCAGCGAGGAGAACUCAGGACAGAGCAAGACGGCAGUACAGACCAGCAGAAGGAGUAAUCCAUUCGGAGAGUCAGGAGACAGCACUUCAGAAGACAGUGAAGACUCGAUCCUCCACCAGCUCUUCAUCGUUCGCUUCCUGGGCUCCAUGGAGGUGCGUAACGCCGAGUCAGCAGACAUCAUCUCUGAGACCAUGAGGCAGAUCCUGGCCGCCAGAGCCAUCCACAACAUCUUCAGGAUGACCGAAUCACACCUGCUGGUCACCUGUGACUGCCUCAAGCUCAUUGAUCCUCAGACACAAGUCACUCGACUCAGGUUCCCUCUCUCCAGUGUGGUCCAGUGUUCGUCCCAUCAGGACAACAAGAGGCUGUUUGGUUUCGUUUUGCAGGCGCCUGCCGCUGGCGGGCGGGGUGACAGCCGAGCCGUCUGCUACAUCUUUGAGUCCAACAACGAUGGAGAGAAGAUCUGCGACAGCGUUGGUCUGGCCAAGCAGAUAGCCUUCCACUCUGAGAUGGACCGUAAGGCCGUGGAGAAGAGGAAGGAGCACGACAAGGCCAAAGAGAAACAGCAGGAAGAACUGAGUAAACAGAGACAGAUAGAGAAGGAUCUGGAGGAGCAGAGCCGUUUGAUCGCCGCCUCGAGUCGCGCCGCUAACCCGCCUUCUGCUGACGGACAAUUCCUAGUGCUCAGCAACAGCCAAUCGGAGGACAGCGAUGCCGGGGAGGAGGGGAAGAAGCAGGGCGAGUCUGAAGCCUAACAAAAGCUCACGGAGGAUGCAUGUUUUGCCACCCAGGCGAGUCCCGGCUGGUACUGUCAAAGCAACAGCUCAGGAAUCAGAAGAGGGGAACUCCACCCGCCCACCCGGGCUGCCUGGGACUGAAAAACAUGCGCUCCCUCCUUUGCUGGACUCUGUUUGAAGUUGGUGGUGGAGCCUGCCACUCACGGAGGAUAAAUUAAACGCACCCUAACUGUAAGAGGAGGGGAGUAUGAGUGGAAACGUCUCGUUAGGACUUCUGUGUGUAAAAAUAUAAAAGAAAACGCAGAUUUUUAUACCGGCUCCACUCGCAAAUAUAGAUUUAAACUGUAGGUUUCUGUUUGUUUUUUAUGUGUAUUUUAUAGAAAGAGCUAACCGCAACGACAAAGGUUUAAAAGAAAAGCAGCGCAUGCAAAAUAAGGAAGCCAGGAUCUGAAGGAGACAGAUUUGGACAGUGUCCUUGUCAACUCUUGCUCAAGGGCUCUUUGGCAGGAGGCGAAGGUUUCGCCGAGGGUCCAGAAGGCAGCAGGACACCUCAGUGAGAGAUACACAUGCUAGGUUUCCACGAGGCCGGCUAUUUUCAUAAACCGACAUUUCAACCUCUCCCUUUCCAAAAAUAACAUCCUGCACAGCUGUCAGUUUUCAGAAAACUGUUCGUUUACACGUACCUGUAUAUAU